CCAAAAGUAAGACUUGUCCAAAAUGCUGAAGAUAGACUGGAUUUGUCUACAUUAAAAUCGAUAAAGAUGAAAUUGGUGAGUUGAUCCAACAUGAGGAGAAUUUACCAUUGACUGAUACGCUAUUCUUUGGUAUGCUCAUGUAGUUGAUAUGGCUGCUUGGCUAGGCUAGCCAAUUACCGGUAGCUCUUUUUGUUUGCAAUUACUAGCAUGUUAACGUUAGCUUGCUACAGUUAUCACACUACAUUUGCACGUUUUUGAACAAUAACAAGCCAGCAACCAAUUAUUGACAAGACCGUUUUUCUGUUGCAUUUGCUAUGUAAGUUGCUAUUGUUGUUGUUCUAGCUAACUUCUUAGCUAGCAUGCCUGUUGAGAGAUAACAGUGACUAAAAUGUAAAUGUAGGAUCUCUUCCUUUCAGUACUGUCUGUCAGGUCACCCCACCCUGCCAUGCAAUGUCCUCAAAUUCAAAUCCACCACCAUCAUGUUGGACUGUGGGCUGGACACUACCUCUGUCCUGCAGUUUCUACCACUGCCUCUGGUGCACAGGUGAGACUAAAGUGAUGUUCACAACACAGGAGGUUGGUGGCACCUUAAUUCGGGAGGAUAGGCUCGCGCUAAUGGCUGGAGAGGAAUGAGUGGAAUGGAUAUCAAAUACAGACAUCAAACAUCAAACCAUUUGUUUUGAUGCCAUUCCAUUUGCGCCGUUCCGGACAUUAUUAUGAGCCGUACUCCUCUCAGCAGCCUCCUGUGGUUCACAACAGUGCUGCUGUACAUCGGCCACAAAGCAGUAAGCAUUGGGGUAGUCUCGCGUUGCAUACCUCCAAAACCACGUCAUUGUCACGCCUCCCGUGAACGGAAGCCUGGUUCUCGACGAGGCUAGCAUUGAGGCUAUACCUUCCCAAAAAAUUCCUUAGGUUAACAUUGCAAAGACAUUUACCAUGAAUAGAGAUAUUUGCCCCAACAAGUGCCAUGCCAUGAUGAUAGAGUACCCUCUCUCAUUUCCAGCCCAAGGCUUUCCAAGCUCCCUGGAUGGGUGUCUAAAGAUGGCACGAUAAACCUUGAGAAGGUAUGCGGUCACAUUUCUGUUUCAUGUCUAUUUAAUCUAAUAUGGAUUUAUUCAUAAUUUUAGUUGACCAUUCCCCCACACAUGUCUACCUUCAGGAGCUGAAAGAGUGUGCAGGUCGCGUCUUUGUAGACUCACAGCCAGAGUUCUGUCUCCCUGAGGUAAUGUAAACCUGGAUAUAAUUCAAACCUUCAACCUGUACAUGAAAUUAACCUGGGCACUUCAGAAGUCACUGUGGGUAACAUCAUCCCAUGUUAAUGUGGUUGUCUUGCUUAUCGCGUACUUGUCCAUCUUCCUCACUCAGAAAGAGCUGCUGGACCUGUCCACCAUAGACGUCAUUCUAAUCUCCAACUACCACUGUAUGAUGGCCCUGCCUUACAUCACAGAGCACACAGGCUUCACUGGGACCGUGUACGCCACAGAGCCAACGCUGCAGAUCGGCAGGUUAGGGAGGGUGACUGCCGUGACUAGAAUCAUCUGUCACAAUCUAGAAUCACAUUCUAGAAUCACAUUCUAGAAUCACAUUCUAGAAUCAGCAGAAUUGGCAACAAUUUCAGAAAAAUUGCAAUUCACAUUCUAGAAUCACAUUCUAGAAUCACUAGGAUUGGCAACACAAGGAAUGUAAAGACUUGUUGGCAACAUUGCAGAAAAAUGUAAUGAUUCUAGAAUGUAAUUCUAGCACUUCACUUUCAAGAAUCACAUUCUAGAAUCAUUAGAAUGGUAACAUUCCAGAAAAAAUGGCAAGGGGAUCUUGGAUAUCACCAGCUGAUUCUACCCAUCUGCCCUCAGACUUCUGAUGGAGGAGCUGGUAAACUUCAUGGAGAGAGUUCCCAAGGCCCAGUCUGCCACCUGCUGGAAGUAUAAGGAAAUACAAAGGUAUGGCUUGGUGACAGUCCUGACCAAUGCCCUCCAUGUAUUAGUUUAGGAUAUGUCAAUUUAUGAUAUACAUGUAAUUCAUAAACUGAGAGCACACUAUUUUCAUGAGAAAGAGCAUCAUAUAGAGCAGGGGUAUUCAAUCAGGGGUCUGACAAGUAAUCAUGAUUACCCAAAAUUACAUAAUCUUCACAGCCCUAGUUAGGUGUGCUUGCUGAAGGCAAAGCACAACUCUAGAGUUCUUACACACUCUUAUUAAUAUUAUUAUUAUUAUUCUAUUCGCUCUAGCGCUUAAACGAUUUUAAGCUAUAAACAUUAAACCAACUUUCAAAUGUGCAGAUUGCCCCAGCUUAGAUUGUUUGAGAAAAACGUUUUGAUGCCAUUUUGUACUACAACCAUAUUUAAAUGAGCUCCCAAUGCAUUUCAAUAGCAAUAAAAGGGCCAUAGACUUCCAUGGGGAACAUUUUGAAAUUUGGGGCGAGCAUCUCCUACACCAUUUAAGCUAGCAACACCAAAUCAAUGUUGAGAUGUUCAGACUGACUCUACUUAGAUUGCUUGUCAAAGGCUUUUUGAUACUAUUUAUACUUUUUAAACUAUAACCAUUUAAAAUAUGCAUAAAUUAACAUGGGUUGGAUUGAGAAUCAUAGAAAUACAGUGGUAGCUAUUCAAAAUGCUCCUACUCCUUAACCAAUUAAGCUACAAGACCAACUUUAAAACAUUCAGGCUAUCCUAACUUCAAAUUCGUAUAAACUUUGAUCAACUAUAACAGUAUAAAUUCACAUAAAUUAGGAUAAAAUAACUCAACAGUAAAGUGAAAAACUCACCAGAAGCGGGCAGAGCGAGGCAGGUGGAAAGGAUGGGACAGACAGAGCAGUGACUGUCUGCUAGCAGGAUAGGCCAUAUCAGUAAUCAUCCCGUGUAGCUCAGUUGGUAGAGCAUGGCGCUUGCAACGGCAGGGUUGUGGGUUCGAUUCCCACGGGGGGGCCAGUAUGAAAAAAAAUAAUAUAUGCACUCACUAACUGUAAGUCGCUCUGGAUAAGAGCGUCUGCUAAAUUACAAAAAUGUAAAUGUAAAUCUUUGCUGAUAGCGAUGUUGUGGUUCCAUAAGUGGAUGAAUUGGUCUAAUUUAGCAUGUAUGGUAAAGCCUCAACCCUUAGCUACCUCUUCCAAUUCAAAUGAGGUCGAAAGAUGUGAAUAAUGACCUUUUUGUUUUGUGUGACUACAGCGGCUGCGAUAAAACACAAAAAUAGAGACACGUUCUAAUUGGGCGAGGUGUCAAAGCAGACAACACGCUCGCCCGCCUGGCUUCGGUUGAGUCAUUAUAAUUCAAAACAAUGCAUUCUAAAAUAAAUUACACACUCUCAUUUGAUGAGUUUAGCCCUUACAUUUUUAACCGUUCAAGCUAGACACCAAACCAACUUUCACAUGUUCAGGCUAUCCUAUCCAAUCAAUCAGCCAAUCAAUCAAUCCAUUUUUCCAUCUAACUACUUUUCCAACUAUAACCAGUCCCUACCAUUACUUAAGCUGUCACUACCACUACUGUAACUUAUUUCAAUAUCAUAAAUACUUUUUAAAAAGCUAGCAAGCUAAAAUUUUCUUCAGGAAAUGUACUUCUCUAGUUUGGAGUUAGCCUGUUAGCUAGAAAGGUAUGUUAGAGUUUACAUUUCUUCUAAUUAUAAUGUGGGGAGGUCAAAAUAAUGAAAAACGAUCUACCAAAUCUAUUCAUUUUUAAAUGUUGAUUAUUUGUCCUUAUUUUCUAACAUGAUGGGGGUCCCUGGGCAAGAAAAUAUUAAAGACCCCUGAUAUAGAGACAUGAAUGUCUGUUUAGGCUGCUCCCCGGCCCGCUUAAGGAUGCUGUAGAAGUGUCGACUUGGAAGAGAUGCUACAGUAUGCAGGAUGUCAACUCUGCUCUCAGCAAGGUGCAACUCGUGGGCUACUCGCAGAAAGUGGUAAGAGAUCCGUCUUGUGCACUAUAAUUCAAACACACACGCAAACACACACACUAAUUCACCUAAUAACUUAAGCUAACUUUUAUAAUUUCUCUCUCCAGGAGCUGUUUGGCGCCGUGCAGGUCACACCCCUGAGCUCUGGUUACUCAUUGGGUAGCUCUAACUGGAUUAUCCAAUCACAUUAUGAGAAGGUUUCGUAUGUCUCUGGCUCCUCCCUCCUCACCACACAUCCACAGCCCAUGGAUCAGAGCUCCCUAAAGAACAGUGACGUUCUGAUUCUGACGGGCCUCACACAGAUGCCAACCGCCAACCCAGAUGGCAUGCUAGGGGACUUCUGCAGUAACCUAGGUAUGUGGUGUCCUGUUCCCAGAUCUGUUUGUGCUGUCUUGCCAACUCCUAUGGCCAUUGGCUUUCAUCAAUGUCCAUUGCUCCAUCAACAGUACAAUUACCUAAUCUUUGGAAUCUUGUAUAGUACCCAUAAAAACACAGUACAUUCAAAUUUGUAUUUACAUGUAAGAUAGAAGUGGAGACCAAAAAUGUAUAGAAACAGGUUUGAGGUGUAACUAAAUGUAAUGUCUUUAGACAGGUACUCAGAAAGCUAACUACAGGUUGACCUAUGAUGUUGUGUCGGACCAAACUGUCUGUUGUGCUUGUAGCCAUGACGAUCCGUGCUGGGGGCAACGUGCUGGUACCAUGCUAUUCCUCAGGGGUGAUCUAUGAUCUCCUGGAGUGCCUCUACCAAUUCAUAGAGAACGCCAAUCUAGGCUCCACCCCCUUCUACUUCAUCUCGCCUGUCGCCAACAGCUCUCUGGAGUUCUCACAGAUCUUCGCAGAGUGGUGAGUUCCAGAGCCAUAGAAUUACAAUUCUUCUAGCACAUUCUUUCUAUGACCAGUGCUUUUUGAGCUGUCUGUAGAUUUUACUUUGCCAUCUCGAACAUGUCUCUCUUGUAAAAUAGAUUUUUUUAAAAUCUCAAUAAGACAAACCUGUAAAAAAAGGUUAACCUGUUUUAAAUAGAAAAUGACUGUUGGUAGCAAACCUGCCCCUGGAGAUGAGUCUUUUCCCCUCUCCCUACACGUCCAACAGGCUUUGUCACAAUAAGCAGUCCAAGGUCUACCUUCCAGAACCACCUUUCCCUCACGCUGAGGUAAGGCUCUGUCUUUAAAUUGAUUUGUUUUAAAGAGAGUUGCUGCUUUAUGAAAUUACAUUGCACCAUACAUUUAAUUUGUAUCUUUGACUUACUCAAUCUAUAAGAAUUUUGGUUAAGACAGUUUUCUUUAUAAUUUAGCUAUAGCUGUAUGUUGUCCUAUCUCUGACACUUGUCUAUGUAUGUUUCAGCUGAUUCAGACGAACAAGUUGAAGCACUACCCCAGUAUCCAUGGCGACUUCAGCAGUGAGUUCCGGCAACCGUGUGUGGUGUUCACCGGACACCCGUCUCUUCGCUUCGGGGAUGUGGUGCACUUCAUGGAACUGUGGGGCAAAUCCAGCCUCAACACUAUAAUCUUCACUGGUGAGCACAACUGUACCAGAACAUGGCAAGUUGCCAGCCAUGGUACCCUGUCCCUAAUCCUGCGCUAGCUAGCUAGUCUGUCGCAAGAGACUUGACCUGUCCCUAAAACUUUGUGGUCCAUAAAAAAUAUCAUUAGUAGGCUAUAUAAAACAGAACGCCAGAUCCCAUGGUCCCAAGGUGCCUUUCAUUAGUCUGUGCCUAAAAUAUGUGGUCUAAUAAAUUAACUGUUGAAAUGGUUCUAUCUUACUCCCAUAGAACCAGACUUCUCCUACCUGGAUGCGUUAGCCCCGUACCAGCCCCUAGCCAUGAAGUGUGUGUACUGCCCCAUUGACACUCGCCUCAACUUCCACCAGGUCUCCAAGCUGCUCAAGGAGGUCCAGGUACUCAAUUCACUCAAUAUGUGGAACCUUUUUUUAAGUGUAUGAAUCUAUGUUGAGUUCAACAUGAAAGUGAAGAGAUACUGAGUUUGUUCAAAUCAACCAUAAUUAUACAUUUAUAAUGCACUUCUCUCUCCCCUUCAUUUUGUCAUAUCUUUCCUGUUUUCACCUUGGACACAUUAUUCUUCUCCCUUUUUGCACAUAACCUCCCCUCCCAGCCUCUCCAUGUGGUGUGUCCAGAGCAGUACACCCAGCCACCGCCAGCCCAGUCCCACCGCUCAGACUUGAUGCUGGAGCUGCAGCCCCCUCCCAUGCCCUAUCGCCGCUGCUCUGUGCUGGGUCUGCCCUUCAGACGCCGCUACGAACGCAUCCAGCUGCUGCCAGAGGUAGGGCCUGUUGCAACACUCUUGUCUGGCAUUUCCAUACUCCUAAGUCUCGUUUAUCACUCUGCUGUUUUGAGGAAGCCUGGAAAUCGAGGCUAGCAAUAUAUAAACCCCUUCUGGCCAAAAGGAGUGUGCACUAUAUGGAACAUUAGGGUGUUGUUGAGGUUUUUCCUAACAGUCUCCAAACCCCUACCUGUCGUCCCUCUGUAGCUGGCCAAAUCCCUAGUGCCCUCUGAGAUCAAACCUGGCAUCUCUAUAGCAACUGUGUCCGCAGUUCUGCAGUCCAAGGAUAACAAGCAUACGCUGCAGGUCAGUGUGAGUGUAGGUUGUGUGUGUGUGUGUGUGUGUGUGAAUACGUAUGUGUUGAAUAAAUAAAUUGCCCAGAAAGGAAAAUUCACUAGUAUCAGCAGCAAAGGUGUGAUGUAUACACCACUAACUAUCUUGUCUGUGUGCUACCAGCCAGUUCCCAAGCCCCCUCCGCUGCCCCCCAGUAAGAAGAGGAAGCGUGUAGUAGAGGAGCCCCCAGAAGUGCUGGCCCCCAAACCACUGCUUAGUGGAGCUGUACCCCUGGAAGCCUUCUUAGCCAUGCUACACAAGGUGAGAACAGGGGAGAAUGACUGCCCCCUCUUAUUGAAACCAUGGAGGCUCAAGGCCGACCACGGUACUGCAGGCAUUGGUUGCAGACAACAGGGUCCCCCAUUAUAGUGAAUGGGAAAAUGGCAAUUUUCGUGGUCAAUCUUUGUGUAAAUAAACACAUUUUUCAAAGACAAUCAUGGUACCAAUAGUUGCUUCUAAUACACCAGAUGUAUGUCUUUUAACUGAUUAUUUUAAAAUCGCAUACAGAAGUUAAGGAUAAUUUAGUUGCUGAUGGCAGCCUGCAGUACCCUGGUCAGCCUUCAACUUGAGUUACUCAAUGAGGGGGCAGCACUGAGCUAGCCUGCAACGUCACUUCAUGGAAUAGCUCAAACUGCGCAUGUUAUGUCUCCAUGAGACGCCAUCUUAACCGACUUCAUUUGGCUUCAAUGCGCUAUUGAGUCUUCACAUAGGAAUAAAUGAUGUCACAUGAUCAAUGGCUGUGUCCAUUCAUAUGCAGUACCAGUCAAAAGUUUGGACACCUACUUGUUCAAGGGUUGUUCUUUAUUUGUACAAUUUUCUACAUUGUAGAAUAAUAGUGAAGACAUCAAAACUAUGAAAUAACACAUGUGGGAACUCCUUCAAGACUGUUGAAAAAGUAUUCCAGGUGAAGCUGGUUGAGAGAAUGCCAAGAGUGUGCAAAGCUGUCAUCAAGGCAAAGAGUGGCUAUUUGAAGAAUCUCAAAUAUAAAAUAUAUUUUGAUUUGUUUAACACUUUUUUGGUUACUAUAUGAUUCCAUAUGUGUUAUUUCAUAGUUUACGUCUUCACUAUUAUUCUACAAUGUAAAAAAUAAUAAAAAUAAAGAAAAACCCUUGAAUGAGUAGGUGUGUCCAAACUUUUGACUGGUAGUGUAUAUAGUCAUUGGUUGAGAGGGAUACCUUCAAAGUGUUGAACACUGAAUACAUAUGUGUAUGCCUUUCCCCUAUCUGAAGAGACGGGGUUCAUGUAAACAGUAUGGUGAUUGCUCUCCUUCCAAGCUUCCAAUUGGCUUAGGAGAGCUUCUGCCUUAUAAUUCGGUCUCUUCAUAUAUGCACAAAUUAAGGCUCAGCUGUGUUUUUGGACACAUUCUCUUCCCUCCCAGCACGGUAUCACGGAGGUCAAGGUAGAGGAGACGGCAGACGGCCACAUUCUGCACCUGCAGGCCGAGGACACUCUGAUCCAGCUGGAGGAGGACGGGACACACAUCGUGUGUGACGACAACGAGCCACUCCGCACCGCUCUCAGGGACCUGGUGCUGCGCUUCCUCAUGAAACUCUAACCUUUAUCCCCUGACCUAAAUUCCACCGCUUUUCCUCAAUGUGCGUGUUUGAUUGUUACAUUGCAGUUGGCAACUGCAGACUGACUGUUCUACAAAUCUGGCAUUCUGAAUGGCUACUUAUUAUGAUUG